GACAGUCCGUGUCUGUCAGAGAUGUGUCACAGCCGCCAGCCAUCCAUGUAUCUUUCAAGAAAAGCACAAUGGCGUUAAAUUAGCAAACGUCUGACGUUUUUGAUUUUAUUAUGUGAAAGAAACCAAUACCAAAGUAAUUUUCAACCAAAGAAACCCGUAACGUACCGCAAAAUGUAAUAACCCCCCAAAACCAAAGAAAUCCACGCAAAUCAUGACUAUAAAACCAAGUGUCCACGAGAACAAGCUUUAAUAGAAUAUUGUACAAAAUGGGUUGUGUUAGCAGCAAGCCUGACAUAAACGACCAGCACCCGAACAUCUUCCAGGUGUCGAACGUCAACGAUCAAGGCGAUUUAGUCAGUCCCGGGCAGCUAGAAGUCACCGAAACCGAACUAGUCUUAUACCAAAGAGGCAAAAACCCCACAAUAUGGCCGCUGCGCUCCCUGCGGAAGUACGGCUUCGACUCGGAGAUCUUCAGCUUCGAGUGCGGCCGGAGGUGCCCCACCGGCCAGGGCAUCUACGCCUUCCGCUGCCGCAAGGCCGAGCAGCUGUUCAACAAGGUCCAGCAGCACAUCGUGCGCAACUCCAGCGACGAGGCCAACCCCAUGGGGGUGAGCGUCAUCAACCCGGAGUUCCCUGUCCCGGCGGCCUGCACCGGCCCGCCCGUACAAAGACGCAUACCGUCCCAGCCCGAGGGCUACCUCAACCCCGUGGCGGCCCCCAACAGCGUGCGCCCGCACCCCAGUCUGAGUCGCCCGGGCUCGCUGACGAGCAACGGGCCGCUGAGCCCCGCGGGGGCGUCGCCGCCGCCCGACUCGGCGCAGGAGCACAACAACAACAAGCGCGGCAGCCUGGGGGCGGAGUACACGAACUCGGGUACGGUGGAGGAGGGGCUGCCGAACUACGCGAACCUGGGGCUGGUGGCGUCGCCGACGGCGACGGUGCCCGCUGAAGGUUACAUCACGGUGAUGGAUAGUCCGUGUCACUUGUACAUGAACGUGGACGCCGCCGCCAAGGAGGGGAACGGGAGCGACGAGGACUCGAGGCACUGCUAUGCCAACAUUGACACCAAAGAACUAGAACAUUUAAGGCCGUUGCUGAAGUCCAGCAUCGACACCCCGUUGCCGAGCGUGCCGCAGACGCCGACCGCUCUCUACCUCGCCGUGCACGAGGUCAACUACGCCGAGCUGGAUUUGGACCCGGGGAAGAGUGAUGUCGCGGCCUCUCAGGUCACGCCCGAGAGUCCGAACAAGUCCAAGAAGAGCUAUGCCACGAUAGAUUUCCAGAAGACGAACGCGCUGUCGCAGUCAAUAAAUCCGCCGAUGGAGGUGGAGGAAGGCAGCAGGAAAACUAGACAUAAUUCUACUAUUAGUGAUGUAACAACUACUAGGCAUAGCAACUCACUAAGUGACUAACACAUCGAAUUAUAAUACAAAUUUUGUGAUUAUGUAUGAUUUAUUUAAUAAGGUGACGAGGUUUUCGUAAUUUUUCCAAGGUGUUUCUUUUUACAGACCGCGACUAAACAUCGAUUAUUGCAAAGGGCCUUUCGUUUUGUCACCUUAUUAGGUACUUGUGAUUAUCUACAACAUGUAAAUUUGUCAACUUUUCUUUUGUAAAAACAAAUUUACAAAUGCCAAAGAUAUUUGAUAAUUGUUAAUGAUUUAAGUAUGUAUAAAAAAGGUGAUGUAUUAUUUUAGUAUAUUAUACAUUGCGAAAGUAACUAAUUAUAGUACAGUUAAAUAUAUUAUAUUUAAUUUUUAAUAAAUGACAUUUUACAAGU